UUCAUUAAACUAUUAAAAGUGAUUAAUUACUUUUAUUGAUUGAUUAAUGGUUGUUUAUUGAUAUUUUUUCUCGUUUAUUAGAUAAUAAACGACAAUGCCAACUGAAUGUAUAACCAAUCCUCUCCAACGAGAAUUAGCGGAUUCAAUAAUCCGUAUGGUCCCGUUGGAUGAAAUUCGCAUUCUAUUAGCGUGCGGUGCAAAAGUUAAUGAACCAGUUACGCAAGGUUUAAGGCCAUUACAUUAUGCAAUUUGGCAACGGUAUGUGGAAGCUACACAGUUGUUACUUGUUCGUGGAUGUGAUAUUAAUGCAAUCGAUGAAUGCGGAUAUAGUGCAUUACAUUUGGCUACGGAACAUGGGUAUGUCGAGUUAGUUGAACUAUUACUGAAAUCGGGUGCAAAAGUUGAUUACAGACCAAAUACAGAUGAGCUUUAUCCACGAACAACACUUUGCGAUGAACCAUUACGCUUAGCAAUUCGAAAUAAAAAUCUUCAAAUUGCAAGAAUGCUUCUCGAAUAUGGAGCUGAUCCGAAUAAAAGAUACUUUUUUGGUUCAGAAAUCAAUCUGGUAAAUGACAUCGAAUUUCUAGAAUUAUUAUUAACAUUUGGUGCAAAUCCAGACACAAGAGAUCGUGCUGGUUUAACACCAUUAAUGAAAGCAGCUCGUCAAAGUCAAUUUACCAAUGGAAAUAGUAAAGCUCAACAAGUUUGGACAAGAAUAUUUAAUGCCCAACAAACAGAUUCAAUAUCAUCCACGCUAUUAUCUGAUACUAAUUGCACUGAACCGUACGGUAUGGAAGCUGUGUUAUUACUUAUAAGUCACGGGGCUGAUGUUAAUGCAAUGACUGAUGCAAGGCAUGAUUAUCGAACAGUGUUGCAUUACGCCGUGCUCUCCGGAAAUAAAGACAUCGUUAACUUAUUAAUUAAACAAGGAGCAAGAUUAAAUUACGAUUCAGACGAAUAUGGAAAACCAAGUCCAUUAGAUUUAGCAAUUUUAAAAGGAGAUCUGGAUUUAAUACGAUUAUUAAUUGGCGCAGGAGCAGAUGUUAAUUUCAGUUCACCAGUAAUAGGAACUCCUUUACAUGUUGCAUGUUCUGAUAAUAUUUCAAAUCGAUUAGAAAUUUUACAGUUAUUAUUAAAAUCUGGAGCCGAUCCCAAUUUAAAAGUAUAUAAUGAUAUUUAUGAUCACAAUACACAACUCAGACCAGUUCUUGUCGAAUAUUUGGCUAGUAAUGAAACACCAUUAUUUUCCGUUGUUAAUUUGUUAUUGCGCUACGGAGCUAGAGUUGUAAUGAAGACUCAAUUCAGAGAUCCCGAUGGUUGUUUAAAUUGUUUACAAAACGUUACAAAACCAAACACGGAAAAAGUAUUUUAUGCCUUGGUAGACGCAUCAGAAUCGUUCGACGUUUGUAUGAUUCGACGAAAUAAUAUUAUAACACCAGAACAAAAGAGUUUCCUUAUGGAAGUAGCCGCAUACCCUUUGAGUUUGGCUCAUCAAAUACGAUUAUUUUUACGGCGACAACUCAAAGAUAAACUUCCAGAUUUGGUAUCCGAAUUACCGUUACCACUUUGUCUUCGUAAAUAUCUUAUAUAUGAAUAUAAUAUCUAAAAAUAUGAUGUUAUUUUUGAUAAAUAUUUGAUGUGAUAAUCAUUUAUUGAUAUUUUUGAGAAUGGGCCCAUUCUCAGGUAUUUUACUUGCAGAUAAAAUUGAUUUUAUAAACUCGAAUCGAAUUUAUUUAUCUUUGUUUUAUAUCUUAUUGUAUAUCUUAUUGAAGAAGUUGAAGAAAUGUUUAUGUUACGCACGCAUUAAUAAUUUUUCGAAUAACUUUUAAAUCUAGUCAUACAAAUGCUAGUCACGAUAACAGAACACGAUAACAGAACAAAAUUAUCGAGUUCUGAAUGGUAUAAUUCAACUUGUGUUAUAUUUUGUGUGUUUUUGAAAUAGAACUAUUAUAAAAA